GAAUAGAAUAAACCUGUUCGUGAAGCAAUAAUUGAAACGUGUUCUUACAGAAAUGCCGGCGCCUGCCUCGGAAGUAGCUUCCCCACCUGGGGAUGGUGAUGGUAAUCUGGUGCUUUGCAUGGUAUGCGCUGCCCCCUUCCAGAGUAUGCAGGACUGCCUUGCCCACGAGCUGCUGACGCAUGCCAGCAAGCCCCAAAAGCAAAUGCGACAACGAUUGAAUGCCAUUACCAAGAUCUUUGCCAGCACACAAAGCCAAUCCGAGCGAACUGAACUGCGGGAGGCUCUCGACAAUUCUGAGUCCGGCGGCCACUUGCGCACUGUAUUGAAUUUCUUCGCUAGUGAUCCGCGAAAGAUGGAUACCUGCUUCGGGCACGUCCGCAACUGCAUAGAGAAGGAGAUGAGGGGCAGGGUUAGGGUGUUCCCCUUCGGUUCACUGGUCACUGGAUUGGCAUUGAAGGAGAGCGACAUCGAUUUGUAUCUGCAGCCGCAUGGCGACCAGCCACCAUUGUUCUAUAAGCAGCUGUACAACAAGGUCUCACACUUUUUACGGAGAUCCAAAUGCUUUGCUGAUGUCUUCACUAUUCGACAUGCCUGCGUGCCCAUCAUUAGAUGCAAGCACGAGCUCACUGGCCUCAACAUAGACAUCAAUAUGUCUAAUCCGAAUAGCACAUAUAACUCCCGAUUUGUGCGCGAACUAAUGUUUCGCGAUGAGCGGCUUCGCGAGCUCACCCUGUUUUUGAAAAUCUGGGCCAAGCAGCUAAAAUUGAUUGGGCAUGGCAGCAUGACAAGCUAUUGCUUAAUCUCCUUGAUCAUCGUUAACUUGCAAGUGAAUCAACAGUUGCCCUCCAUCAAACAGCUCCAGUCGCACUGUCCACCGGUUAUUUUGUCGGGCAUCAACUAUGCCUACAGCUUGGAACUAGCGCCACCGAUUCCAGCACGGAUCACCACGCUAGAUCUAAUCAAAAAUUUCUUUGUUUACUACUGCACUGUGAACUUCGAUAAAAGUGUGCUGAGUCCCUUUUUGGGCAGCUGUGUGGACAAAGAGACAACCCUGGGCACGCCGGGAGGAUUUCCCGAGUAUGAAGAGCAACAGAAGCUCAUGUAUGAGGCGACAGAUACGCCGCCAGAACCUUUUAAGCUGGAUCGCGCCAUGUGCGUACAGGAUCCGUUCGAGUUGCAGCGCAACGUGGCCAAAUCAGUGUCCAUUUCAAAUUUAUGUUACUUCAGACAAUGCCUAGUUCUGGCAGCUCAAGCCUGCAGCGAUAAGGAACUAUCUUCGCAGCCAGAGAAGCUAUACGACUACUUAUUAUUUGGCUUGGCGGAUAGGUUAGUUGCCGACAAAAUAGUGGCGGAUAAAAGAUCAGAAAAGGCCAUUCCGCGAAAGCAGCAAAGAAUGGAAAACGUCCAUGUUCAACCGCCAGUCGUCGGUGAGACACAAGAAACGAAAGUCGACGCAGGCGGUGUGUACAAUGCACCGCCCAUAGUGCGAUCGCAUGUCAUCACACCCACCACAAACGAUCUCAAAUGCCUGCGCUCCAUUGUGCUGAGCAACAAAACGGAGGAGACGCAGCCCAUAUACUACUACUGGUUGGUCUGCUAUGUGGACACCAUUAUGGAUGUGCUAACGCAACUCUAUGCUUUGAAUGUCGAACUGAAAGAAACGAAUGAGCCGACAUACUACAAGUGGCUGAUCAGCAUUUCCUACGACACUUGGACCGGACGCUCCUUCCAACGUGGCGCCGGUCAAUCUUUCUUCGCCCACCAGUUGCAGCAGACGAUUGAGUUUGCGAAGACCAGAGUGGGAAAUCCACAGUACGCAGUCAAUUUACGCGGCUAUUUCUCGCUGCAGGCCAGUGAGGAUUACAAGGAGCUGCGCCUGGAUGUGCAGCCCCUACAAGGAGAUCUUCUCGGACUGCAGCGCAAUAGUCCGCUAACGAAGCUAUUCAAGGCGUUCAAGAAUCUCCUGGGCAACUAUAGUUUUAAAGAGAAGGCCAGUACCUGGAAGUUUUGCGCCAGAUCUGACCAAAUCUGACAACAUCACUAGUCUUAAUAUCAUUAAUGUACAUACCCUUUGAAUGUAAUGCCAAAUUGAACGGACACCUUAGUUGUGAUUGCUCUUCUUUACAUACAUAAUUUUAUUUGAAUUUACAAUAGGUUAAACUAUAGGUUAAACAAAUUCAUCAAAUUAUAAGUGUAACUACUGGUAAUCUAA